AUGGCUCAAAAAUAUUAUGUUGACGACAUCGAACGUUCUUAUGGCUGUGAAAUGACAUCGAUAGUACCUCAAUCAUUGACUGGUCGAAGUGGAAUUGAUUGUUUGAGAAUGAUCGAUUCAUUGUUGGUCAAGCAAAUCCCUAGUAUAUCAGAAGCAAUAUUCGGUAUUGCUGCAGAAGCAAAAUUCGAUAUUUUCAAUGAUAGAAAAGAACGAUUAUUUCAAGCAUUUGAAACAUCUUCAUUUUGUCAACGUUUGUUCUGCACAUCUAGACGACAAUUUAUACUUCGUAUUGUUGACAAUAGUAAUCAAGAAAUCAUUCUUGUUAAACGUGAAUUCAAAUGUUGUUCGGGAUGUUGUUGGUGUGCCAAUGCAACAUGUUGUAGUCAAGAGGUUACUGUUGAAUCACCACCAGGAACUUUAAUUGGCACGGUCUCACAAGAGUAA